UAAGAUUCAGUCUAUAGCCUGAAAGCCCAGCACCCUGGACUCUGAGGCAGGAGGAACUCGGCAAAUUGGAGGCCAGCCUGUACUACAUAGCAAGUACCCCCCAAAGCAUUCUAUGCGUCCAGUACCAACAGCAAAGCCGCUGACUGAAGCUGGUUAACCCUCCCGGUGCCUGGGCUUGGCGAUCCUCCAAACACACAAGGGGCACAUUUGUCCCUGCCUGCAGACCCCUUCCCCACCCUCCUUCCUGGGGGCUGACCCACCCAGCUGCCCUAAUCACCCCAGCACUGCUGAGUGUGCUUUUCCUGUGGCUGCCCCACAUCACUCCUGUUGGACUCCUUGGAGUGGAGGAGCAUAGCACUGUCUCAGAUUCCCAGUGGGGAGCUCCCUGACCAGCUGUUCCUCAACUGCAGGGGAGGAGCUGCCUGGGUCCGCCAGACUCAUCCAGGACAGACUCAUCCAUGAUCGCGACAUGGCCUGGAUACAGCAGGCAGACGUGGUGGUAGCUGAGGUGACACAGCCUUCACUGGGGGUCGGCUAUGAGCUGGGCCGGGCCGUGGCCCUCCACAAGCCAGUGCUGUGCCUCUUCCGCCCACAGUCUGGCCGAGUGCUUUCUGCCAUGAUCCGGGGAGCCCAGGAUAGCUCACGGUUCCAGGUUUGGGACUAUGACGAGGGAGAGUUGGAGGCGCUGCUGGACCAAUACUUUGAGGCUGGUGACUCCGAGCAGGGGGCUGCAGUCAGUGACCAGGGGCCUGACUAACUGCCUUGAAUCCUUCCCUACCUGCCUCUUACCCUCAGGAGCAAAUUAAAAGAUUCAUUUAGAA